AUGUCUGAUUUGGCUGACAAGAUUGUUGUAGUUAUCAGAAAGAGACCACUAGGAAAAAAGGAGCUUGCAAAAAAGGAUGAAGACAUUGUAGAUGUUCAAAGUGAUUAAAGUGUGAUUGUUAAAGAAGUGAAAUAAAAGGUAGAUCUUACAAAAUAUGUCGAAGAACAUAUGUUUAACUUCGAUUUGGCAUUUGAUUAGAACGCCUCCAAUUAAUAAGUUUAUUUGAAUGCAGUUCGACCAAUAAUAGAGGCAGCCUUUAAUAAGGCUCGUGUCACAUGUUUUGCUUAUGGACAAACAGGGAGUGGCAAAACACACACCAUGUUGGGGGAUGUGGAAAAAUAAAUACCUGGAAUGUACAUUUUAGCUGCAAAUGAUAUAUUUUAACUGCUACAAUAACCUGAAUUCCAACAUUUGAUGGUAGGAGUGUCAUUUUUUGAAAUCUAUUGUGGCAAAUUAUUCGAUCUUUUAAAUUAGAGAGGGUAAAUCUAAAUCAGAGAAGAUGCUAAAGGCAAUGUCAAUUUAAUCAAUCUAAUGGAAAAGAAGGUCAACUCAGUCUAAUCCCUUAUGUAAAUCAUAACAUAGGGUUAAACUGUCAGAGUGACAGCUUAAAAUGGAGCCAAUAAUGAAUCAUCUAGGUCUCAUGCCAUUUUGCAAAUCAACUUGAGAGCUGGUAAAAAUGUUUUCGGCAAACUGUCAUUUAUUGAUUUGGCAGGAAGUGAAAGAGGAGCAGAUGUUUAAGAUUCUAACAAACAAACUAGAAUAGAUGGUGCUGAAAUUAAUAAGUCUCUCUUAGCUUUGAAGGAAUGUAUAAGAGCAUUGGAUCUCAAUAAAAAUCACACUCCCUUUCGAGGAUCCAAACUGACAUUAGUGUUAAAAGAUAGUUUAACAGGAAAUUGCAAAACAGUAAUGAUUGGUAACAUCUCUCCAAGUUCUUCAAGCAGUGAGCAUACUUUAAAUACAUUGAGAUAUGCUGAUAGAGUAAAGGAGCUUAAGAAACCUUAAGAUAAAUAGUUUUAGGGAGACUACAUCUAAAGGGAAUUAAUGUUGGCUAGACAAAAUACAAAUGUUGUAAGGAAAGCCUAUAAGAAUCCAGAUGAUGAGGAUGAUGAAGAUAUCUCAUGUAAUUCCAUGAGUAAUUCAUUUUUUCCUUAAUAAUAAUAAUAACAGUAGUUUAUGUUUUAAUAAUAAUAAUAAUAACAAUAAUAAUAAUAGUAGUAAUAAUAACAAUAAUAAUAGUAUAUGAUAUAAUAAUAAUAUUAAUAGGCAAAUUCAUAUGUAUUUUAAUAACAAUAAUAAUAAUAAUUUAUCCCUUAAUAAUAGCCUUAGUUACAAUAACAAUAAAAUCAACCUAAAUUAUCUUAAUUACCUAAAACUUCUUCAUAAUAGAAUUAAAAUAAUAACAUUCUUAAUAGAUUUAAUUUAGGUUCAUUGCCUACUAUUAAUGGUGGAAGUUCUUCUAAUAUUAUGCCAAAUAAUACUAAAUAAUAUACUUAAUAAGCCUUUUUAUAAUAAUAAUCAUCAUGCAAUUCCAUUAUGACAGAAAUUCCCCAAUAACAACCCUAAUUAUUCCAGUAACAACCAUACUAAUAAAAUAAGACAAACUUAUUUCCAUAGUAAUAACUAUAAUUCAAUUAAAAUAACAACAAUCUUUUUUAAGAAAAUAAUUUUGAUUAAGGAUAUUAAUAAUAGCAAUCAAAUCAAUAAUCAAUAGAUAUUCGUCAAGAUUCAAUGGUUGAGGAAGAACUAUGCAUCAAUAAUCCAAACUAUUUUAGUGUCACCGGAAGAUACUCCUAAGAAUCCCAAUCCUCAAGACAGAGUUCUACAAGACCCUUGCAAGAGAUCAACAAUUAUGAAGGGACAAAAUACUUUAAUAAUAGAUCAUUCACAAAUAAUGAUUAUUAAUACUAGCAACACAUUUUAAAUGAGCACAAGCAGGCUAUUGACAAAAUCGUUGAAAUCACUAAAGAUGAAAUGAUCAAUUUAUAAUAAGUCUAAUCUCCAUAAGAUAUGUCACAAUAUGUCUCUAAAGUGAUGUUUUAGCUACAAAACAAGAUGGACUUGAUAGGCAACUUAUAUUAAAAGAUGAAAUAAUAUUAGAAAGAUUUUGAGACAAGGGGAAUGCCUUUCCAACCAAAUUCCCAUACUUUUAGUUUGUUUUAAUAAGAUGAUAAUUUAUUAAACAUAGACGAUAAUGUAGUUUGA